AUGGCAUCUCUAAGCCUGGGGCUGAAUUUAUCAAGAAAGAAGGGUGCAACAAGGACCGGUGGCGUUGAAAGAAAGAACCUAAUUACAGUCUGCAGGUUCUCUGUGAAGACACUCAUUGACCGGUCCUGCUUUGAAACCAUAGACGACUCCUCACCUGAGUUCAUCAACUUCGUCUCAAUACUAGAGCAGAUACUCAGCCAUCGACUCAAAGGGCAGGUCACCUGGUUCGGCUAUGAGAGCCCUCGGAGCUUCUGGGACUACAUCCGCAUGGCCUGCAGCAAGGUGCCUCACAGCUGCAUCAGCAGCAUCGAAAACAUGGAGAACGUCCGCAUGUCUCGGGCCAAGGGCCGAGCGUGGGUCAGGGUAGCUCUAAUGGAGAAGAGGCUCUCUGAGUAUAUAUCAUCGGCACAGCGGGACUUCAAAACAACCAGGCGUUGCUACGAAGACGGGGCCAUCAUGCUGGGGGAGGAAGCAGGACUGCUCGCAGACAUGCUCAUUGGUCUCAAUGCCAUCGACUUCAGUUUCUGCUUGAAGGGGGAGGGCCUCGAUGGUAGUUGUCCUGCUGUCAUUGACUACACCCCCUAUUUGAAGUUCACACAGAGCUCUGACAGCAUCAGCAGCGAUGAGGAGGAGAUGAGGACUCUGGGUAGCAGUGGGAGCGAGAGCAGUACCCCGGAGAAUACAGGCCCCGCCAUCUUUAUGGACCAGAGCAGCUGGUUCAACAAGUGCAAGAGAGUGGAGCAGAAGUACAGGAUGGUCCUGGAGCAAAAGGGUUACCUGGAGGAGCUGGUACGUCUACGGGAGGCUCAGCUGGCCGAGUCCGUUUCCCAGAACAAGGCUCUCGUACAGCGGCUUUCAGACACAGACGUCAGCCACAAGCUGGAGAAAGACCAGCUGGAGUACAUCGUCCUGGAGCUGCAGGACCAGCUAACAGUGCUGAAGAACCAUGAUCUGAGAUCCAGGCAGGAGUUAACCACUCAUCUCACCAAUCAGUGGCCUUCUCCGGGCGCUCUUGACACCAGCGCCGUCGCCCUGGAUACCCUGCUCUACAGGAAACGCGCAGGACAGUGGGAGGAGAAGAGCUUCAACAGUCUGGAUCAGCUCUCGGCUGACAUCAGCCUGUCACAGAUGUCCCUGGACCCUGCCCAGUCUCAGGAGCAAGAGGGCAAACCAGAGCGCCCCCGCUGGCGAAGUGAAGGAAAAGAAGACACCCCUUCCUUGCGUGGCCUCUGCGGGUCUCUGACGUCGGUGGCCAGCUACAAGUCCCUGGCCAGUCUCAAGUCCAGUGAAUGUCUAGUGAGCCCCACCACAGAGAUGACCAGCCCUGGCUUCACACCCUCCUGAACCCACCUGUGGGACUGGCCCAGGCCUGGCCUGACCUGGCCACGUUCGGCAUCCCAUAACUCCAUGUGUUAAUGAGAAAACAGAAACAACCCCUACUGUGUCAUGCUGCAGAGAGACUGGGGACACAGGUAUAGGCUUGACAUUAUCUCUGUUCUUUUCUUCUUCUUUUUUAAACCGAGGCCAGUGUUAUUUUAACUGAUUGUUAUGUACUUGCUAAGCCUAACUGGGCUAUGCGGGGUGUCCGUGUCAGUCGCUUCAUGUCUGUGGUCUGUUCGAAGGACUUUCUCUUCUGUUGAGCUUUAGAAAAUGGAGAACACAGGGAUCGAUUCCUGGGAUUUAUCUACAAAGAUUUGUUUUGCACAAAGCAACAAGGUUCACCAAAGCUGGUGUCAUAAAACGGUUUGUUUUUGUUGACUUUCGUUAAUUUGAUUGUAAAAGCAGUAAAUUGUAUUUUUGGGUGGUUUAUUCAAUGACAGAAAUUACUGCUUGAAAGUGCAGAUGACUAACAAUAACCCAAACACAAUUUUAGGAAUAUAAAGUGUUCUGAUGCAGGGAAAAAAAACAGCAAAUUGUUCAAAUGUGAAUUUUAUUAUACAUGAGAGGAGCUUGUUUCAUUUCACAUUUCCCCCCAAGCUGUGCUCUACCAGUGAAAGUCUCUGUGCCGUUACGGGUGCUUUGCUAACAUAGCGAUUGGAGACCGAAACUUACUGAUCCCCAAAGAGGUUGGAGCAAAGAUGUGCUUUCAACCUCUAGCAUGUUUUGCCAUCGAAAAAGCUUGUUCCGCACAUUAUGAGACGCAUGAAGCAACACUCUACCAUUUGACAACACCCCUCACACGUGAACAGCCCUGACAUAGUCACGCCAUUCGCUUUGUGCCUUCUGACUCACUCUCAUAAUCUGCCAUCUCCCACCCUGGCAUGGCGACAGUGAUAGACAGCCCACUCUCCGCAUUAGUUGUUUGAAUGUUUUUGUUUAUAUGGCAUGGUUCCCUCUGAAACGAAGUGUUAUUGCAACUUUGUGCAAUGCUGCAGUAAGGCUGUAAUUUGGUUAGGGUGAAUAACAGUUUUUCAGUCUUUUCUUUGUUUACCACCACAAACCACUUUCCAGCUUUGUUGUAAAUAGGUCCAGGUCUCACAUGCAUUUUCAAAACAGUUUUAAAACAUUGACAAGCUGAGUUGAUAGUUCCUAAACCUAUGCUGACAGCCAUUUUAUAGGCCUGUCAUGGGUGCAUGCAAAUUGGACUUUUAGUGAAUUGAAACCUCAUUACAGUGGUUGAAAAAUGUGUAAUUCAUUCCUUUCAGCAAUAUCAGAGUCUGAGUGUUUAAUUCAUAACUAUUGUCCAACUGUCCAAUUUUAGAGAGCUGUCUUUGACAAAACAUUACUUGCUUGCCUCCAUUCUGCUAUUUCUUGUUGCCUAGGAAAAUUGUUUAGUCUAUUAUUCAUGUAAUUUUUUUAUUAGAAAGAUUAAUUAAAAAAUCUUGGCACAACCCACUAAGAUAGUCAGCCCCUUGCAGAUGCAGUGUGUAUGUUCAGCAGCAUUGUGGGAAAUCGAUGGUGUGGUUUCAGUUGCUGAUGUCAUUAAAAUAGUAAACAUUUGCAUUCUGCAUGGAUGGUCAAUUUUGGUCUUUCACAGCCUCAAGAUUGCAGCCUGUGAUCAGUUUUGUAUCACUUCAGCAAGCUCCUUACUGUAUGUCGAUGAGACCUGGCUGGAAUUUUAGCCUUUGGGCUGUUGUUCCCUAGAUCAUUGCUUAAUCAGGAAAUAAACAAAAGCAGGGGGAUGCAAUAUGUAGCAAUGCAGACAAAUAGAUGUCGAUUGGCUUUUUGAUUGAUUAUCAGCUGGUCACUAGCCAUAACGGAUUCUUGAAUUAGAUGAAUUAUCCAUAGCUCGAAUUAGCAUUUUUUACAUUACUUCCCCCCCCAGUCAAAUAGACAAUUUAAACUACAUUAUAUUAUUUCAGAUUGAAAAGUUACCCAAUCAGCAUUAUACUGAAAUGUAGUUAUUAAUGGAAAUUCAAAAUGUUAUUCCAGGGAAAUGUUAUCUUUCAUUAACAUAUACAUUUGAAACUCUUGACAUUUGAUUAUAAAUAAAGAAUAUUUAAUUUCUGCAAUGGGUCAUCAUGGUUUAUACCUUCAUGCUCACCAUGGCAUGCUACAAUUCACGGCAACCGUGGAUAUGUGAACUGAAUGCAGAAAUAAAGGAUAAAGAAUAAUCUUGACCCUGUGCGAGAUGUUUGAAUGACUGCUCUGUGUACUGUUGUAUCCAGCUUUUCAUGUUGGACCUAUCUUUGGCACUAUUAUUGCAAAAGCAAAGGACAACUGAACAAUCAACAAAUAAUAGAUUUUGAAAAUAAUGCCAAAAUAUUGAGCCAGGAAUGUACUUGUAUCCCUGAUAAUGCUAUAUGUAUAAUGUGAACAAUGAAUGUAGCUAGUGUCGGAAAACAGGAUGUCUAAAGCUUGGGGGGUCAGGGCCUACGUUUUUCUCUUUUGUCUCUGUUAAUGUUGCACAGCUGCCUGUUAAGGGGUCAGGGUUUCGUGUUGUUUGCCUGUAUGUGUUAUGCUCCUUUUUUUCCAUCCUGUUGGGUUUCUCUGCUUUCUGUAUAUUGUGCAGUGACUUUUUGCCAUUGUUAUUGUCCCUUGUGUUCACACAGUGACUAACUCGGUGCAGUUGCUGAAAGCCCAUUCAUUUUCUAUGAAGCUGAGCGAUUUUGCCACGAUGAACUACUCUGUCACCAGAGAAAAGUUCACCAUGGCUUAAUUUUUCACAGGUGUUGUCUGCCAAGAGCCAAUCAGAGUUGCACACUUACUAUUUUUCUUACCGAUAUGAUACCAUUUUGUGAAUAUUUGUUCAUUUCAAAUCAAGCCAGUGAAGGUAUUCACAUUGGCAAUGGAGGAUUAGUUCAUAAUAAAUUUAAAGUCACCCAUUCCUCUACCACAUCUUUACAAAAAACGUUUGUUAUUUUAUUGUUUGAGUAAAACAUUGAUAUGUGCUGUCCCAUGGCCUAGAUAAAUGCUAGGUUUUUCUAGCCUAUUAAGUAUGGAAAGCUUUAUCAAAAUGCAAAAAAGUAUGAUUUGUCCUCAUGUAGGCUAAUUGACGAGGCCACUGAUUUCAGAGCCUACCAUAUUGGACGGGAACGCUGUUUUGUUAUGCGUGUAGACAGCCUAUCUAUCAUAGACUAACAGCCUAGAUCCAGUAUUAUAUUUGAUGUAUAGCUUAGCUGCCUAGUUUAUAUGGCAGCAUAGUAAACUUGAGCGACCCAUUGACCGAGUUACUUGCUGUGGGAACACUGGGUUAGUUUGCCUGUUCAACAAUCAGUACCUACCCCUGUACGCUUUAUUGCAGUCGACAAAUGGCCUCACUCCUUGUAGCAUAUGAUGUUUGUGUCCACAGUACAUAUAAUUGUGCAGCUUUUGAGAUUCCAGCCAUGGAUUUAACAGGAUCUUUGACUAUUCAUCAGUGACCUUUUUUAACAGAAAGUGGAAAGUUAAAAAAUGUUGGUUUUCCUUUGGGAUUUUAUUAUAUUGUGUAUUUAUUUUUUCAAUCAAUGCUUGUAAUUAAUUUAGAAUAAAUUUGUUUCAACCACUUUGUAUUGUCGCACCAAUUUUGCUGGAGGAUUUCAACACAAUCUUUCUUGUUUUAACGUCAUCCACAAUUCUUUAAAAAUGGAUAUGCACACAAUAAACUGUCUUCAUUUGAUUACAGUCA